AUGGCCGAGAAGUGCGACUGCAUCGCCAGCAUGUACGGCUACGACCUGGGCUGCCGCUUCGUUAACUUCCGUCCCUUGGGCUUUGGGGCCAACGGGCUGGUGCUGUCGGCCCUCGACAGCAAGAGCUGCCGCAAAGUGGCGGUGAAGAAGAUCACCAUCAGCGACGCGCGGAGCAUGAAGCACGCCUUCCGGGAGAUCAAGAUCAUCCGCAGGCUGGAGCACGACAACAUCGUCAAGGUGUACGAGGUGCUGGGGCCGAAGGGGACCAACCUGCGCGGGGACUUCUUCAAGUUCAACGUGGUGUACAUCGUCCAGGAGUACAUGGAGACGGACCUGGCUCGCCUGCUGGAGCAGGGGAAGCUCGCCGAGGAGCACGCCAAGCUCUUCAUGUACCAGCUGCUCCGGGGGCUCAAGUACAUCCACUCGGCCAACGUGCUCCACCGAGACCUCAAGCCGGCCAAUAUUUUCAUCAGCACGGAGGACCUGGUGUUGAAGAUCGGCGAUUUCGGGCUCGCCAGGAUUGUGGAUCAGCAUUACUCCCAUAAGGGUUACCUUUCGGAAGGCUUGGUAACCAAGUGGUACCGCUCCCCUCGCCUCCUCCUCUCGCCAAACAACUACACCAAAGCCAUCGACAUGUGGGCGGCCGGCUGCAUCCUGGCGGAGAUGCUGACGGGAAGGAUGCUCUUCGCUGGUGGUCACGAGCUGGAGCAGAUGCAGCUCAUUCUGGAGACGAUCCCCGUCAUCCACGAGGAAGACAAAGAGGAGCUGCUCAAGGUGAUGCCCAGCUUCAUCAACAGCACCUGGGAAGUGAGGAAGCCGCUGCGCAAGCUGCUCCCCGAGGUGGACAGCGAAGCUAUCGAUUUCCUGGAGAAAAUACUGACAUUUAACCCCAUGGAUCGAUUAACGGCUGAGAUGGGGCUGCAGCAUCCUUACAUGAGCCCCUAUUCCUGCCCUGAGGACGAACCGGUGUCUCAGCAUCCGUUCCGGAUUGAGGAUGAGAUUGAUGAUAUUUUACUGAUGGAAGCCAACCAGAGCCAGAUGUCGAACUGGGACAGGUAUCACGUCAGCCUCUCCUCUGAUUUGGACUGGAGGCACGAUAAAUACCACGACAUGGAUGAGGUUCAGCGGGACCCACGGGCAGGGUCGGAAUCCAUCGCUGAGGAAGCCCAAGUCGAUCCACGGAAAUAUUCACAGAGCAGCUCGGAGAGGUUCUUGGAGCUAUCUCACUCCUCGAUGGACCGCGUUUUUGACGCCGACUGCGGGAAAUCCUGUGAUUACAAAGUGGGGUCACCUUCUUACCUGGACAAAUUGCUGUGGAGAGACAAUAAGCCCCACCACUACUCGGAGCCCAAGCUGAUUUUAGAUUUAUCCCACUGGAAAAGAGCAACCAUAGCACCCGAAACUGAGCUGUCUCUGGAAGAAGAACCAUCCAACCUCUUUCUGGAGAUUGCUCAGUGGGUGAAGAGCACGCAGGUGGGUCUCGAGUGUCCCAGUACUCUUCCGGAGAUUCAGGAGCGGAGGCUGCCGUCUCCGCCUCACCACCUCCACCAGGAAACCAAGGAGGUGAACACCGAAACAGACCCCGAGUUUAACUUGGACGUCUUCAUCUCCAGGGCGCUGAAACUUUGCACAAAACCCGAGGAUCUUCCAGACAACAAGCUCAAUGACAUCAACGGGGCCUGCAUAUCCGAGCACCCCAGCGAGAUUGUACAAACAGAGGUGUACCAGAAAGAGCGAUGGUGAGGAACCCCAGCCUGGAAAACCCCGCCGUACCUCCCCGUUCCUCUCUGAUAGCGUGGCCGAUGCCCCGGGCUGAGCGGCUUCUGUCUGUCGUUGAGCAUCCCUUUUUUACGCUGUUCUGAAUGCCUUUUUCUGAAAAGGCAAGCACAAACCACGUGCCCCUUUUGAUGCCUUAGAAAUGCAUUUAAGGGAAUCAAGAGGUGUGAACGGAAUCUUGAGUUUCUUCCACUGCCUUAACAAGCUUGCCUUGCAAUCUCUGGGACCUGUUUGAAACUUAAAUGUACAGCGGAGAGAUGACGGUACAUGCUAAGUUUGCAAACAGAGGUCAAAUCAACUUCUUCUCCUUUCUUUUCCCAUAGCAUCUUAAAAUGACAAGGACAAAAUCAGCAUUUUAUUAUGGUCACAUCCUCUCCUGGUUUGACGGGUUCCAAACAUGCCAAACUUUGAGCUCCUCCGAGGCCCCCGUGUGAGUACAAUCGGUGCGGAG